UAUGUUUGCCUGAGUUACUGCUGGGGGAUAGGUUUAAUGUUUAAAACUACGAAAGAGAAUAUUGCCGAAUGUAUGCAGUCUAUUAAUUUUAGGGACCUGCUGAAGAUAUUUAAAGAUGCGGUGGGAAUUACGCGUCAAUUGAAGAAGCGGUACUUGUGGAUUGAUAGCCUCUGUAUAAUCCAGGAUGAUAAUAAGGAUUGGCAGAAGGAAGGACUUCGAAUGCAUGAGACCUACGGCAAUGCAUACCUGACAGUCGCCGCAUCCAGAAGUGGAGGGCCGGAUAAGGGGCUAUUCUCCGAAUCACUAUAUCAUCGGCUCUUCUGGCGUAAGGUCCAACAUUUCGAUUCUGCCGAUGGGUUCCCCUUGCUUCGGCGUGGAUGGGUCUUCCAGGAACAGAUUCUCUCACGGCGUGUACUGCAUUUUGGUCCUCAGGAGCUCGUAUGGGAAUGCAUAGAAGGGGAAGAGUGUGAAUGUAGAUGCGUCAACGAAGGCAUAGACCGGGCCUCGAACACUCCAAAGAAGUCGCUCUUCUUGUUCCAAAACAAUAUCUUUCUCUGGAACCAUAUAGCGUCCGCCUAUUCCAGCCUCGACCUAACAAAGGAGAAUGACAUAUUGCCUGCAUUAGCUGGCGUCAUAAAGAAAUACAAGCCGGCGGCUGAUGUCCGAUAUUUGGCCGGUCUCUGGGAUGGAGAAUUUCUCCUUAUUGGCCUUUUCUGGUACGCAGAAAAGAAAGAGGGGGUGUUCCCUGGGAACUACUACAGUGACCUAAAGCCGCAGCCUUCCCCAUAUCGUGCACCUUCAUGGUCAUGGGCCUCUGUCAAGAACGGCAUUACAUAU